AUGUUACAAGGCCAUCUCAGGGCUCGGGGGCAUCACAUACAACGAAGUCGAGUUCGUGCAGCUGCUCAUCUUGUCGAACCCUCUGAUGCACCUACACGUAAAGCACCCAAGAUCAAUAGGCGCGUCUACUCCGUCCCAAGUCCUAAUUUCAUAUGGCAUAUUGAUGGCAACCAUAAACUCGUUCGCUGGCGCUUAGUACUACAUCAUGGAAUCGAUGGUUUCAGCCGACUUGUCGUUUUUGGUCAAUUUUCAAGUAACAAUCGAGCAGAUACUGUUCUUUCUUUGUUCCGCGAUGCUAUUAGGAAAUAUGGACGACCUUACAAAAUUCGAACGGAUCACGGGGGAGAGAACGUAGAUAUCUGGAAUUAUAUGGUUUCCACUGCUUGUUCAACAGAUACAAGACCUGUAAUUGUUGGAAGCUCAGUGCAUAAUCAACGCAUUGAGCGCCAUAAUCGUUCUGUCAAUGAGCAGGAGAUAUGCAAUUUUAGACAAUUGUUCUAUGAACUAGAGAAUGAGGGUAUUCUCGACCCUGACAAUGAUACAGACUUGUUCUGUCUUCAUUAUGUCUUCCUUCCGAGGAUAAACAGAAGCCUGUCAGAGUUCAUUGAUGCUCAUAAUAACCAUGCCAUUUCCACAUCGAGGAACAUAACGCCAGCCCAACUUUUCUGGAUAAAUAUCCAUCAUAGUGUUCCAGAUAAUAGUUUCAUUGCAAAUACUACGCAAGGAGUGAAUGUCCAAGAUCUAAUUCAUGGCCAAGCUCUUCCGCACGUUCACGUCACUGAAACGCCCAACCCUCUGACGCAAGAAAUGUUUCAAGAGUUGCAUCGUUGCGUAGACCCUCUUUCCCCAGUUGAAGGCAAAGAACUUUACCGAAGGACUGUUGAAAUUGUAGGAAGAAUGAUGCUGGUCAACCACAAUUCUAGUAAUUCACCAUAAAAGACAA